CGUUAUAUGCUUGUCCUCAACGAGGUACCGUCGGAGACGUGGUGGACCCCCAAGCAUGUGUGCGGCGAGAUGAACACGCUGCAUGCGGGGAUCCAUCUUACACUCUACAGACGACGGGGAUCUCCUCUAUCCCGACAGGCCUCGUGUACUGCGAGUGAUCCGUAGUUGAAGGCUAAUUCAUGCUAAUUCAUAUCAGGCACAGUGGGACCGCGCAAAACGAUAUGAUUGGCCCAUGGGCCGAUCCGGUCAUACAGCUCGGUUGCCCUAGCUAGGACCUCAGCCAUGUUCUGCUUCCCAGUUCUGACCCUAUAAAUCCCUGGAAGCAAUCGCUCGACAUGCUUGACAUGCAAGUCAAGAGGGACCUGUGCUACCAUCAUUGCCCAAGUUCGUUUCUAAAGUUCAAACCCCCCAAAUCCAAGGCUCCAACCUGCAACCGGCACCCCAUCCGACAUGACGGCUACAACGUGGGAGCAAAAGGCCAAGAGCAAGCAAACUCAGACAGUAGCAGAAAUUCCCCCAGAGUGGACUUUGCCAGCCGCUGUGCUUCUCAACUCGGCGGCGAACGUCCUCGACGUCCCCAGAACCUGUGGGCUCCUGACCGAGAAAGAAAUCCACAUCACCGAGGACUACGAUGCCACAGGACUACUGGAAAAGUUGGCUGCUGGAGGCUUCAGCUCCGUCGAGGUCACAACAGCAUUCUGCAAGCGGGCCGCUAUUGCGCAGCAGUUGACCUGCUGCUUGACGGAGAUGUUCUUCGACAAAGCCCUAGCCAGAGCGAAGCAGCUCGACGAAGUCUUUGCUCGAACCGGGGUAACAACAGGUCCGCUGCAUGGACUGCCCAUUAGCAUCAAGGAGUCGUUCAAUGUCCCCGGUGUUCCGACUACGCUUGGGUUCGUCGGAUUCCUCGACCGGCCCCCCGCAUCCACGAGUUCUGCGUUGGUUGAAAUCCUGAACAACUCCGGGGCUGUACUAUAUGUCAAGACCAAUAUCCCCCAGACGAUGAUGACUCCUGACUCGCAUAACAAUGUCUUCGGUCGUGUUCUCAACCCGCACGGCCGGAGCCUAACCGCUGGAGGGAGUAGUGGCGGAGAGGGGGCGUUGGUGGCGAUGAGAGGCUCCAUCCUCGGUGUUGGGACAGACAUCGCCGGCUCCGUCCGCAUCCCUGCCCUCUGCUGCGGCGUAUUUGGAUUCAAACCCACGGCUUGCCGUGUUCCAUAUGCGGGUCAAACGUCGGCCGGGCGGCCUGGGAUGACGGGCAUCUUCCCGUCCGCCGGGCCCUUGUGCCAUUCGAUACGCGAUGCAGAACUCUUUCUCAGGGUCGUCCUCAACUCGAGGCCCCCCGAUCUGGACGACCUCGCACUCGACGUUCCAUGGUCUCCUGCUCCGCCAAAGGAAACGCUUACAAUUGGGCUGCUGCCCGAGGACCCGUCACUCCCGCUCCAUCCACCGAUGCGACGGACCCUCGACGCCGCAGUUAAGGCGCUGACGGCAGCCGGCCACCGGGUCAUUGACCUCUCAGCACAGGCUCCGUCCUUGUCCAGUGCGUGUUCUCUGGCAUUGCGGUAUUUCGGCCUGGACCCGGACCGCACUGCCCUGCGCCACAUCACUCAGGCGGGGGAACCAUUCAUUCCCUCGCUCAAGUUCACAUAUGACCUCAAUGAGCCGACACAGGAGCCCACAUUGCGGGAUCUAUUUGACUUGAAUGUCGCCCGUGGUCAGUUCGCAGCCCAGGCACGCAAGCUCUUUGUUGAAAAUCAACUGGAUCUGUUGCUGGGCGCGGCAUAUCAAAGCACAUCGGUUCCCCACGAUACCUACGGUCGUCCGACUUAUACCGUGCUCUGGAACCUGGUUAAUGUCAGUAUUCGCCCCGCCUCUUCUCUGCGUCAAGUUCAUGGGGGGACCCGCUAACGACACACUAGUAUCCGGCGUGCGUUCUUCCAUUUGGUAAGGCCGAUAAGGUAGCGGACGAAGCGUAUAGGCGCAAUGUCACUUAUGUACCCGACUGUAAGUUGCGCCUCUCGAUUGGUUUUCGCUUGAUCUAACGACUGUAGAUCGGCCAGAGGAAAUCGACGGCGCACCCUGUCACAUCCAUCUGAUAGGCAGGCCGAUGGCAGACGAAAGGUUGGUCCAGGAUGCGGCGACUGUAAGCACCGCCAUCAAAGCAACGAUCAAUCUGUGACCUCCUAAGGGUGUCUUUCCAUGAGAUAAGCCUGGAACCGGUGUCCCAUAGUUAGAUGAAAA